ACCUGGGAAGGAUGGUUAGUCCCUUCUCCAGGAUGUGGAGUCAGCAAGACCUGGGGUGCCAUCAGCCCCCACCCCCAGGAAACAGGCUGGCAGCUUGUCCUUGCUGCCUACAGAAGCCAGGCCUCGUCUUCUGGGAGGGCCAAGCGUGCAUUUGCAAGGGUGAGCUGCGCUUCUGAUUCUGUGCAUGCUUGCUGGGAAAUUUUUCCUAUAGUCUAAAUUUAAUCCCUCCAGCUGCCUUAUUUGCCACCUCAAGCCAGUCUUGAUGGCCCUAGAGGGCCAGGGGCAGGUUGUGAGUGUUUUGUUUUGUUUUGUUUUGUUUCUCCAAAUGUGUACUAAGCACUCAUCCACAUGUGAAGCAUUGUUUAAUAACAUGAUAUGUGUUGACUCAUUCAAUCCUUAUAGCAACGGAAUGAGGUAGGUAUUAUUAUUAAAGUCACCCCUUGGUAUCCACAGGGGACUGGUUCCAGGACCUACCCACUCCCUAAACCAAAAUCCAAGGAUGCUCAAGUCCCUUAUAGAAAAUGACAUGGAAUUUGCAUAUACCCUGCACACAUCCUCCCAUAUACUUAAAGUUAUACUUUAAAGUCAUCUCUAGAUUACUUACAUCUAAUACAAUGUGAAUAGUUGUAAAUACAAUGUAAAUGCUAUGUAACUAGUUGCUGGCAUGCAGCAAACUCAAGUUUUGCUUUUUGGAACUUUCUGGAUUUUUUUUUUUUUUUUUUGAUCUGUGUUUGGUUGAAUCCGCCACAGAUGCAGAACCUGUGGAUACAGAGGACCGACUGUAUCCCUAUCUUGAUGAGGAGACUGAGGUACAGAGAGGCUAAGUAACUUGCCUAAGAUCACACAGCUUGUUUUGGGGAGGGGGUUAGGGAGCCCUCAGGACUUGAAUCCAUCAGGGCCAUCUGGCUUCAGUAUCUGUACUCUUAAUUGGAGCCACAGCUGCCUCUGGGUUGGGGUCAGGGUUCCUGAACAGUCUGGGCUGUCCCAAGUCAGAAGCCAGGAAGGGAGAAAGGGUGCGCCAAGUGUUCUUCCCUCCUAAUUGAGUCUUCCAGCACCUAUGAGGUGUAACCCUGUCUCCCGGGAAGGUGACAGAGAGGCAUUGAGAUUUGCUGGUGUCAUACCUAGCAGGAAACAGCCUUGGCACCUCGAUAUAGCCCUGCACACCCUGCCUCUGAAGCAACGUAGCAGGGGAAGGUAUGCAAAAUCCAGUUGGACCCAGGCCUGGGAGAGAGGCAGGGAAGCAGAAAUGAAAAGUGAGAACUGGGAGGGUCCUUCACCUGUUCCUGGGGAACAGCUUCCAUGCUGGGAGCAAGUUUACUCUGCCAGGCUUCGGUCUAAGCAUCUUUAUGUUCAACAAUUCUGAGUUUUUCAGAUAAGGCACAGGCAGGUUAGCUGUCCAAGGUCACUCAAGUAGUCAGUGGGGGACCUGGGAUUUGAACCCAGUCUGGGCAUGGCAGAGGCUCAGGGAGAGGUGGUGAAGAGCCCAGGGUCACAGCCACAGCCCCAGAGCUAGGAACUGCUGGCUCCCUUCCAGCCCAAGAAAAGCAAUGACACCUGAGUCGUAGCAAGUUGGGGGUGGAGCAGAGGUGGAGCUAGGAAGACCCAGGUGGCUUCUCCAGGAACCAGAGCACAGGCGGCAGAGUGCCCUGGAGCAGCAUGAAGCAGAGCUGGGGACCAAGGCUGCUCAUCCUGGGAAUGGUGGUCCUCGUAGAGGGUGAGUCACCCGUAUCUGGGUGGGUGGGAAGUGGUAUGGGGUUCACAAGCCAUCCUCUGCCCCAGCAGCCCCUGCAGGUGUGUGAAGGGAGCCUGCCUGUGGGGUGACAGUUUGGCACAUAACUGUGUCUGGCUGUGCAUGGGGAGGUGUUUAUGGCCACCUGUGUCCAAAGGGGUGUGACUUCCUUGAGCUGGAUUACAGUCUACAUGUGCGGGAACUGUCAUUACGCCUGUGUGCACCCUGUGCCCCCGUCUACCUCUCUACUUCCAGAAUGGCGUUAGGCAAGUUCUGGGGCCCUUUGGCCUCAGUCUCCCUGUCUUUACCUACUACCCACCUCUCCUGGCUCAGAUGUUCAAUGGGCAUGUUUGUGUGUGUCUGUGAUGGGGAAAAGGCAGGGCAGGGAACCCUUUGGUAGAGUCUCUGGCAGAUUCUGGAAAGGUGGGGGAGUCUGAGUUGUCAGAACAGGGGUGGGGUGAGUCUCAAUCUCUCGGCGCCCUCCCCAACUUGGACAUGACGCAGGCCUCUAAUCCUUCCUCUUAGGCCUCCACAGCCAAGGGCACAAUUAAGCUAAUGCUCUCCACAUGCACAGGCUGCCUCCCUGACUCAGCAGCAGGGGCAGGAGUUGGGGGUUCUGAAGCCUGGAGGAGGGCUGGCCUUGCCCCAAGAUGAACCCCAGGCCCUGCCCCUCGGGCCCAAGAGUGCUGAGCACAGCGAAGAGAGAACUAAUUACUGAGUGUACACUCUGAAUAGGUUCCAAUAAAAACUGUUUCUUGAUCUCAUAUAAAUAUUUUCAUUCUGGGAGGGGCUGGUGAGGUAGCCCCAGAGUCAUAGGCAAGGACCCAGGCAAGUCCCCCAAACCUGUCCCCUCCACCAAGGCUGGGCCAGGCAGGUGAGGCUCCCUCCCCCAAGUCUCACCUGUGUCGCUCUCUCCCCAGGUCUUCUAGCAGCUCAGCGUGGUAAGCUCUGGGGCCAUGGGGCCUGGGUCAUACUCGGGUCUGGGUUGGGCCUGGGGUGAGGGCAGAACAGGGGCCUGCUGUCAGCCUGACCUACACCUGUCCACAGCAUGCGGGCAGCGUGGCCCCGGCCCCCCCGAGCCUCAGGAGGGCAACACGGUGGCUGGCGAGUGGCCGUGGCAGGCCAGUGUGAGGCAGCAGGGGGUCCACAUUUGCAGCGGCUCCCUGGUGGCGGACACCUGGGUCCUAACUGCAGCCCACUGCUUUGAAAAGGCGGCAGUGACUGAACUGAACUCCUGGUCAGUUGUUCUGGGAUCUCUGCAGCGUGAGGGGCUAAGCCCAGGGGCUGAGGAGGUGGGGGUGACUGCUCUGCAGCUGCCCAGGGCCUAUAACCACUAUAGCCAGGGCUCAGACCUGGCCCUGUUACAGCUUGCCCACCCCGUGGCCCACACACCCAUCUGCUUGCCCCAACCUGCCCAUCGCUUCCCCUUUGGGACCUCCUGCUGGGCAACUGGCUGGGAUCAGGACACCAAUGAUGAGCCCACUCUGGUCCCAACCCCUUCUCUUUUGCCAGCUCCCAGGACCCUACGGAAUCUGCACCUGCGUCUAAUCAGCCGCCCUACGUGUAACUGUCUCUACAAUCGGCUGCACCAGCGGCUGCUGGCCAGCCCGGCCCGGUCUGGGAUGCUGUGUGGGGGUCCCCAGCCCGGGGUGCAGGGGCCCUGUCAGGGAGAUUCCGGGGGCCCAGUGCUGUGCCGCGAACCUGAUGGACACUGGAUUCAAGCUGGGAUCAUCAGUUUCGCAUCAAGCUGUGCCCAGGAAGACACUCCUGUGCUGCUGACCAACACGGCUACUCACAGCUCCUGGCUGCAGGCUCGAGCUCAGGGGGCAGCCUUCCUAGCUCAGGACCCUGAGACCCCGGAGAUCAGUGAUGAGGACAGCUGUGUAGCCUGUGGAUCCUUGAGGAGAGAAGGCCCUCGGGCAGGAGCUCCCUCCCCAUGGCCCUGGGACGCCAGGCUGAAGCACCAAGGGAAGCUGGCCUGUGGCGGAGCCCUAGUGUCAGAGGAGGUGGUGCUGACUGCUGCCCACUGCUUCAUUGGGCGCCAGACCCCAGAGGAAUGGACUGUAGGCCUGGCAGCUGAACCAGAGGAGCGGGGCCUGAAGCAAGUCAUCCUGCAUGGGGCGUAUACCCACCCGGAAGGGGGCUACGACGUGGCCCUCCUGCUGCUGGCCCAGCCCGUAACACUAGGUCCCAGCCUGCGGCCCCUAUGCCUGCCCUAUGAUGACCACCGCCUGCCUGAUGGGGAACGCGGCUGGGUCCUGGGGCUAGCCCGCCAAGGAGCAGGCACCAGCUCCCCUCAGACGGUGCCUGUGACCAUCUUGGGGCCCAGGGCCUGUAGCCGCCUGCAUGCGGCCCUUGGGAGCGACAGCAUCCCCAUUCUGUCAGGGAUGGUGUGUACCAGUGUUGUGGGUGAGCCGCCUGGCUGCGAGGGCCUGUCGGGGGCACCGCUGGUGCAUGAGGUGAGGGGCACGUGGUUCCUGGCUGGGCUGCACAGCUUUGGCGAUGCCUGCCAAGGCCCUGCAAGGCCUGCUGUCUUUGCGGCGCUCCCCACCUAUGAGAACUGGGUCAGCAGUUUGGACUGGCAGGUCUACUUCGCUGAGGAGCCAGAGCCUGAGAUUGAGCCUGGAAGCUGCCCUGUGAACACGAGCCAACCAGCCGGCUGUUGACAGGUGGCUCUGGGACGCCGCAGUUACAGGGAAGCAAUUCCCACAUCUCUUUUCCCAUGCUCUUACCCCAUCCCCCUGACACACACACCCAGGCAGGCCCAAAGGUGGGCACAAUGGGCUCUAGGAAGGAGCCUGCCCCGACCCGCAGCUGCCCCUGCUCCCCACCCUGCAG